AUGCCUAAGGGAGGCAAUUCAAAUUCGUUUAAGAGUUACAACAUAAUUUCCAAAAUAAAGGAGUCUCAAGCAAAAGGAGUUAAGGAAAAAAAAUCUGAAGAACGAGUAUUUUGUAUUGAAGUGCCCCCUAAUAAUAAAAAUGGGAAUGACAAAGAAAAUGAACUAGAUAUUGUUGAAGAAAUAAACCUGAUUAGUGAUGAAGAAGCACCAGAUCAUUUUAAUGAAAUUGGAGAAAAUAGGACAGAGAGUCAUACUCUAGGAGAAGUACCCCUUAAGGAUAUGAAUGGCAAUUGCAAGGAAAAUGAACCACAUGCUGUUGAACAAAUAAGCCUGCUUAUUGAUGAGGAAACUCUAAAUAAUAUUAAUAAAAAAGGAAAAAAAUUGGAAGCUCCAAGAGGACGAGUGUCUUGUGAUAAAAGGCCAAUCAAAGAUAAAAAUAUCAACGACAAGGAAAAUCAACCACCUGUUAUUGAAGAAAUAAGCCUGCUGAGUGAUGAAGAAACAACAAAUCAUUCCAUUAACAAAAAACAAAAGAAAACAUUGAAAAUUAUUAACUUUACAUCAGGACAAUCCCGUAAAGGGGAGGAGAAUAUAAGAGAUUCAAAUACGAAAAAGCAAGAUGGUGUAGCUUCAUUAUUCAAGACUAACGCCAUAUCGGUUAAUAUAUUACCGAAAAGUUCUACAAGUAUAGUUCCAGCAAAGACCUCAAGACUUAUUGAUGCACUUGCAUUAGAAACAACGCAAGGCAAGGAAGGCUAUUACAUAGCUCAGCUUCGUGAAAGGCCAGAGUUAAAAAUUUGUGUGGUGUCGAAGACUAAAAAGCAAAUAGAAAUUGAAAAACCGCAGGAACAAGCGGCGAAUGAUCGGGCCCAAAUUUCUCAGGAACCAAAUGAAACCAAAAAGGCACAUACACAGGAAAAAGGACGUAUUUUGAGCAACAUUAUAAAUGGUAACUCACAAUAUGUUAGUAUACAAGGAAAGCUGUAUCGAGUAUUAAGGAUUAUGAAGGGACCGAAUAAACUUAAUGAACGCAACGGUGGCAUUUCUCAAAAAGAUCCUAUUGAUAACGAAAAGAAUGAUUGUUAUAUAGUUAACGACACCUUGCCUAAAAAAGGUAACAAUAAAAAUUGUCAAAAACGAAAGAGGUUGUUAACAGAUACUAACUCUGCUAAUGCUAAGAAAACAAAGUCUCAUCGAAAUGACUCGACUCCUAAGAAUAGAGCAGCAAUAAACAGCUCCUCCAAGGACAGCAAGAAAUCCCAGGAACAGGACUGCUCUGUUGUAUUGGACAUCUCUGAUGAUUUUCCCAACACCGUCUCGCAGAAUGAUAAACAUGAUGGACUAGCAGGUGAUAUCACAGACAAUUCCAUGCCCCUGAAUGCUAGGAAAACAAGGUCUCACCGAAAUAAAACUUCCAAGCAUAAGGCAACAAUAAACAGCUCCUCCAAGGACAGCAAGAAAUCCCAGGAACAGGACUCCUGUAUAGUAUUGGACAUCUCUGAUGAUUUACCCAACACCGUCUCGCAGAAUGAUAAACAUGAUGAUCUAGCAGGCGAUACCACAGCCAAUUCCAUGCCCUUAAAUGCUAGGAAUACAAACUCUCAAGAACUGACGUGUGUUCCAAGCAAGACCUCUGAUGACCGAAAUGGAUCUUCUCAGAAAACGUUAAUUUUAAACAGGUUCUGCAAUGAUUGGCAGAAUUUCCAGAAACGAAACUUGUAUCAAUUAUUGGAUAUCUCUGAAAAUAUUACCAACACUGUCUCUGAGAAUGAUCAAUAUUGUGAACUAAUGGUUGAAAUCACACAUGGUUCCGUAGAUAAAGAACAUAUCGCUGCAGGCGACUCCAUACCUGUAAAUAAUCAAGAACUGGCGUCAGGUUUAAGUGAGGCUGCUUGUGACCAAAAUGAGACUUCUCAGAAAAAGUUAACAGUAAACAGCUCCUCCAAGGAUGGCGAGAAAUCCCAGGACCAAGAAGGGUCUGUGGUAUCGGACAUCCCUCAUUCUCGUGAUGUCACCAACAACGUCCCUCUGAGGGAUGAACAAAAUAAACUAGCCGGUAUUUUGACAUUUCGUUCCGUAUUGAAGAAAUAUUUCGGAGCAGGAGACUCUGAGUCUCAAACUGCUGGGAACUCGAACUCUCAAGACUUGUCGUGCGUUUUGAGAAAGUGCUUUGAUGACCAAAAUAAGAUUUCUAAGAAAAAUUUAACAAUAAACAGCUCUUUUAGAGACAGCAAGGACUGCUCUGAGGUAUCGAACAUUUCUCGCCCUGAUGAUUUUACUAAGAAUGAUGACCACGAUAAACCAGCGACUGAAAUCACAGGUCGGAACGGGGAACAAAAAGAAGAAAUGGGUAAAUUAAGACGUAGUGGACGAAUAAAGCACAAAACAACUUGCGUUUUGUCUUGUUGCAGCGACAAAAAGAAACAAAGGAACAAAGUGUCCUUAAGAAAGAAAGUAAACCCUAAAAUGGAGAAAACCGACAACUUACUCAGCAACAAUAAGCAGAAGAAAAAAGAAUUCUGUAAGGCUCUUAAUAAUAUUAGCGACGUAAUGCGUAAUACAUUAACUUUUUACUCCGAUGAUGAGACUCUACAGUGCAAUUCACCUUUACGCGAAGAGGAAAACCCAUUUCGCCGGCUAUUUAAUUCCCCUGUUAACCUUAUCAAUCUGGAUCAACCAGAGGACAACAUUUCUAAUAUUGACGUUAUCGAUGACCCAGACAAGGGUAGUAAAUUAAUAAGCCAUUCAGAGAAGUCUGAAAGUUCCUGAAACUACUUUUGAAAGUAUUUGAGUUUUGUGUUUUGUAUUAUCUAAUUCAAGUCGGUG